UGUAAAAAGAGUACUAUUUAUUUGGAUAUGUGUCCUAUAUAAAGCCAGUACCGAAGAUCAGGGAUCAAACUGUAGUGCACUCGUCCAGUUACACAGGUCUUACAACAAUCCAAUAAAAAUGAUCAAGGAACUCAUCAUCUUUGCCAUUGCUUUAAUCGCCGUUGCUUCGGCAUAUCCAACCGAUGGACCACAACCUGCGCCAAUUCCAAAUGACAAAGAAGGCUUGGAAACAGCUGAAUCUGCUUAUGGUGGAUACAGAGGUUAUGGCGGAUAUGGAGGAUACCGGGGCUACGGAGGAUACGGAGGAUAUGGAGGGUAUGGGGGUUAUGGAGGUUAUGGUAGAGGGUUUGGUGGAUACGGAGGAUACGGAGGUUAUGGACAUCGUCGUCAUGGCUUUGGUUUCUACGGAUAAACGCUCCAUCCUUUCUUUUAGAUGUAAUUAUCUUCUUUCAACACCAAGCAAUAUAUGAAUAUUUUUUUUUUGCAAUAAUAACAUUGAAAUA